AUGAAUACAGAAGAAUCUUUCCCUGGCAAUGUCAACAGCCCUAUAGAUGGUAGUUUUGUUGCAGGAGAACACACAGCCCUACCUUCCUUGCCAGUGGGUGACAGCAGUGACAACAGCGACACCAGUCCCAAGAAAGCCAUCAGUGGCAAGAGCCUUCGGAAAUUUGUUGGGUCCAUCAUUCCGUACGGUGGUCUCCUUUCGACAACAUUCAACCUUGCGAGUGCGACACUCGGGGGCGGUGUGAUUAGUCUGCCUGCGGCCUUUCAGAUGAGUGGUGUUGUGAUGUCCAUCAUCCUGCUUGUCCUGGUGACGGCGUGCACAGUGUACUCUGUUGGUUUGAUGAUGGAGGCAGUUGAAUUGACCGGCUACAACUCAUACGCUGAUCUUUCGAGGAACCUUUUCGGUCGGGGAUGGGACUACUUCACGGUUUUCCUCACGUGGCUGUUCACCUUCGGUACCUGUGUUGGCUACGUCAUUGCCAUUGGCCAUCUUCUGGAGCCUGUGCUGGACGACCCGUCUGUACCAGAGUUUCUCCGCACCAAGUCUGGAAAUCGCUUGAUGACGAGCUUGAUAUGGCUUGUGGGUAUGUUCUCCUUAUCACUGCCUAAGGAGAUCAACUCUCUGCGCUAUGCCUCCGCUAUUGGAGUGAUCUGCAUCUGCUAUUUCAUCCUCUGUAUUGUGAUACACUCCGUUCAGCAUGGCUUUAAGGGCGGGAGGCUCCGUGAUGAUGUCGCCAUGUUUAAGUCAGGGAACAGCGCGAUUGAAGGACUUUCCAUAUUCAUGUUCUCGUACCUGUGUCACAUGAACUGUUUCUCUAUCUACGGCGAGAUGCGCCAUCCCAGCGCAAAGCGCAUGACUCUUCACACGGCUUGCAGCAUGACUAUUUGUUGUAUUGCGUUUGUGAUGGCUGGCUUUUUUGGCUAUGCCGAUUUUGGAGCCGAGGUAACGGACACCAUUCUUGUGUUCUAUAACGUGCGAAGUGAUGUUAAGAUGGCCAUUGCCUAUGUGGGAAUCGUAUUGAAACUGUGUGUUGGCUUCUCGUUGUGUAUGCAACCUGCACGAGACUGCUGCUACUACGUCCUUGGAUGGGACCUGGUUACACUUCCAAGGUGGAAGAAUUGCCUCUUCUGUGGCACAAUGGCUCUAUGCGCUCUGCUCCUUGGACUCUUUAUUCCUGUAUUAAACACUGUGUUCGGGUUACUUGGGAGUUUUUGUGGGGGUCUCCUCGGGUUUUCUUUGCCCGCUCUUUACCGCAUGUACUGUGGGAACUGGGGGCUGACACAGGUGGGGGUGGUGAAUUAUGUGUGCACAUAUAUCCUCCUCAUUGCCGGGGUCGUUGCAGUUGUGUUUGGUACAGGAGCAUCUAUUUACGGAGUGUUUUAG